AUGAAACAAAAGAUAAAAGCAGAGAGGGAAGCCCAGAAAGCAGCUCAAACCACACCCAAUAUGGUCUCAGUUACAAUAGAAACUUCCAAACCACCAAAAGAAUCCACAACUGAGCCUAUUAGUGAGAAAAUAGUAGAGCCACCUAAGAAGAAUCAAAAGGCUACCCCGCAGUACAUGACUGUUUCUUCUAAAAAAACAAAAUCAGAUGUAGAGGUUAUGGAGGUUCCCAAGAAGAAAGGCAUUUUUUCUAGAGUUGUGAGGGAAAAGAAAGAGGAACAAAAGAAAGAACAUGUUAAAGAGACUCCCCGAAAGCUGAAGAUUACAAUUACAAGCACUCCACCAACUACUACUGUACCGGUUAGAAAAUCCAAUUUUGCAGUAGAGGACAUCCCAAAAGAAAAUAUACAGAGUGCAGAGGCUACAAAGACAAAUAUAGUUAAGGAUUUAGAGAAUAAAGGUAUAGAGGAUGCACAGGUUUUGGAUGAGGCACCAAGUGGCGAAGCCACUGGUGCAGAAGAGCUAAAAGAUUCUAAGGUUAUCUCAUUAGCUGAUAAGGAUUGGGUAGGUGACACUGACAACAGGAGAUCCACUAGUGGAUAUGUUUUCAUGAUGUUUGGUGGUGCUAUCAGUUGGAAGAGUAAGCAGAAAGCUAUAGUCACUUUGCCCACAACAGAGGCAAAGUACAUGGAAGCUACUCAUGCUUGUAAGGAAGCCAUUUGGCUUAAAAGGUUGUGUUCUAGUAUUGGUUUUGAUGCAAGACAAAUUACAAUUUGUUGUGACAGCCAAAAUGCCAUUAUUUUAGCUAAGAAUCCUACUUUCCAUGCUAGAACAAAUCAUAUUGAUGUACAGUUUCAUUUUGUUCAUGAUAUGGUGGGAAAUGGAAAGGUAAAGUUGGAGAAGGUUGAUACUUUGGUGAAUGUCGUAGAUGCAUUGACAAAGCCAGUGAGCACUGAGAAGUUCAAAUGUUGUGUCAUUUUCAUGGGCCUUGGGGCCUAA